GGGAUCCUGGUGUGUGCAAAGCAAGGACUUUAACUGCUAGGCUACGGCACCAGGCCCUGUUAGUGUUUGGUGUGUGGGUAAGACUCAGCAGUUUUUUUGCUCUGCCUUUGGUCUCAUGUCUCCUCCAGGAAGUUGUGAAUAACAGUCUCUCCCAGAAAUAGAUGCAAGCACUUUUGCAUACAUUACAAAUCUCCAUUCAUUUAUUCAACAAACAUUUGAAUAUGUGCCAGGCACUGGGGUCACGUCAGGAAGGAAAGGAUCUCACAGCCUGGCUUGGGAGGCCGGUGUGGGCCAGCACGGAGGCGGGCAGCCUCAGUGGGCCGGAGUGUCUCUGCGUCAUCACACCCCGACCACAGGUUCCUUCCAGUCUCUUCCUGAGUCGUUCUAACUUCACGUGAUUAUCAUGACAGUUUUCAGAUGUGUUUGUCAGUUGAGGCCUGCGUUGUGCCAGGCACCCUGCUUCUCACCGGGUUCUGCUGGUCCUCAGGCAGCUUGGUUUUGCAGGUUUGCAGAUUGUGAGUGUCCGAUCCUGAAGCGUUCUCAGCUGCUCCUUCGCCUUGGAAGACAUGUCUGUCACUUACGAUGACUCCAUUGGAGUUGAAGUGUCCAGCGACAGCUUCUGGGAGGUGGGGAACUACAAGAGGACGGUGAAGCGAAUCGACGAUGGCCACCGCCUCUGCAGCGACCUCAUGAGCUGCCUGCAUGAGCGGGCACGCAUUGAAAAGGCAUACGCGCAGCAGCUCACCGAGUGGGCACGGCGCUGGCGCCAGCUCGUGGAGAAGGGGCCGCAGUAUGGGACCCUGGAGAAGGCCUGGAUAGCGGUCAUGUCCGAGGCAGAGAAAGUGAGCGAGCUGCACCUUGAAGUGAAGGCCUCUCUGAUGAAUGAGGACUUUGAGAAGAUCAAGAACUGGCAGAAGGAAGCUUUCCACAAACAGAUGAUGGGGGGCUUUAAGGAGACCAAAGAAGCUGAAGAUGGCUUCCGAAAGGCACAGAAGCCCUGGGCCAAGAAACUGAAAGAGGUGGAGGCGGCCAAGAAAGCCCACCAUGCAGCAUGCAAAGAGGAGAAGCUGGCCAUCUCAAGGGAGGCCAACAGCAAGGCAGACCCAUCUCUCAACCCUGAGCAGCUCAAGAAACUCCAAGACAAAAUAGAGAAGUGCAAGCAAGACGUGCUAAAGACCAAAGAGAAGUAUGAGAAGUCGCUGAAGGAGCUGGAGCAGGGCACCCCGCAGUACAUGGAGAACAUGGAGCAGGUGUUUGAUCAGUGCCAGCAGUUCGAGGAGAAGCGCCUGCGCUUCUUUCGGGAGGUUCUACUGGAGGUUCAGAAGCACCUAGACCUGUCCAACGUGGCUGGCUACAAAGCCAUUUACCGGGAGCUGGAGCAGAACAUCAAAGCAGCCGACGCAGUGGAGGACCUGAGGUGGUUCCGAGCCAAUCACGGGCCGGGCAUGGCCAUGAACUGGCCGCAGUUUGAGGAUGAAGAGUGGUCAGCAGAUCUCAACCGCACCCUCAGCCGGAGGGAGAGGAAGAAGGCCUCGGAUGGCGUCACCCUGACAGGCAUCAACCAGACGGGUGACCAGGCUGCCCAGAACAAAGCUGGCAGCAACCUUAGUGUCCCGAGCAACCCUGCCCAGUCACAGUCCAGCUACAACCCCUUCGAGGACGAGGACGACACGGGCAGCACCGUCAGUGAGAAGGAGGACAUUAAGGCCAAAAAUGUGAGCAGCUACGACAAGGCCCAGAGCUACCCCACGGACUGGUCAGACGAUGAGUCCAACAACCCCUUCUCCUCCACCGAUGCCAAUGGGGACUCCAAUCCGUUUGACGAGGACACCAGCUCGGGGACGGAAGUGCGAGUCCGGGCCCUGUAUGACUACGAGGGGCAGGAGCAUGACGAGCUGAGCUUCAAGGCCGGGGACGAGCUAACCAAGCUAGAGGACGAGGAUGAGCAGGGCUGGUGCAAGGGGCGCCUGGACAGCGGACAGGUUGGCCUGUAUCCAGCCAACUACGUUGAGGCAAUCCAGUGAUGGGCCAUGGGUGGGCUGGCGGAGGGACGGAAGCCACCUUCCUGGGAGCUCCGCUGGCCUCCGGCCCGGGCCACGGCACCUCAGGCACCCCCAGCUGGCCGUGUGGGCAUCUGCAAGGAUGGUGGGUCCGCUGCUCUUGGCUUCCCAGCGUCCUUGAAGGCAGAUGCACUGGUCACCUGGGCCUGGUGCCCAUCCAGGUGCAGCUGCAGAGAUGCGUGCACAGGAGGCUGCAAUGCCACAGAGGAAGAUCCCCCUUUGCCCCCUCCCAGCUUAUCAUGGAUCUGUGUGUCCCCCACUUUCCCAACCGCGCCUGCCAUGGCUCCCGUCACCUGCGACUUCAGCGAACAAACUUCCACGCCAUUUUCUGAGUGAAGAUCUUGAGGUUUGAAUUUAAAGGCUAUGUACAGUUGUAGUUUUUGACAUACCUGCUCUUCCAGGCGUUGACACAUAAGUGAUGGUGCGGAUUGGCCUGCCCUGGGGUCGCUCCUGCGGCCAGUGGAUGUUUGAGGCACAAGACGGGUCAAGAGGCAGAGCUUGUCCCGGCAGCUCUCUUCUGGGACUCUGCUGGCGCGGUUGGGACGCUGGGGUACGGGUUUCAGGAAUGGCCUUAAGUAGAACUCCCCCACGUCACCAUAUUUAAAAAUUAUUUUCACUGUAGUCCCGCUUAAAAUUAUUCUUUUGCUAAUUAACAAUUUUACUGGUGAUUUAGGAGGUUAAGAGCAGGACUAAGCCUGUCUGGCCAGCACCUCUGUAGAUGGAGGUGCAUUGUUCUGGGAGACUUUCACGUCUUGCUGUACAUCUGUAUAUAUUAUUUGAUACUCAGAGAAUCUAAAGAGUUCACCUACUGUUUUAGCAAGAUGGAACAGCGUUGAACAGCAUGUUUCAUUUGAGUCCCGUGGCACCAGGUGCAGACCUGGCUGUUGGGUUCGGAGUCCCCAGCUGUGGUGCAGGCCCUCCCACUGGCCCUGCCAAAGCAGAGGUUGGGGCUGUCAGGGACGGAUUGUCCCGCCUGAGCCACAGGGCCCAUGGCUGAGUGUCUCAGUCCUUGGGCCUGCAGAGUCCACUGCUCAGAGUCCUGUGAGCAGCGGGCAGCCAGGAAUCACCCACAGCAUGGGCCUCUGAGCAACCGGGCUGCACUGUGUCCCGUGGCAGGGGGAGGGGGAAGGGAGAGCCUUUAUUUUGUUAACUCAGACAGUGGGCCAUCCCCACCACCACAAGCUAUGCAUUUCCUCAGUGUUUCCGGCCAGCGAGGCUCGGAAGCUGUGUUGUGUCUUUGUGAAAAUUACCAGCAGAAGCCCUUGUCCGUGCUGCAGGUUCCCAGGACUCUCCGCGCUCGUCGGUUUAGGAGCUCCUGGGUGUGUAUAGUGCUUCAGGACAAAAAUCAAUAAACACUUGAUCUUGUGC